UAUUUCUCUCCACUCUUCACAUUAUCCUACCAAAUGCAAGAUAUUGUUAUCUUGUUUCAUUAAAACGAGUCCGUUUUGCUUUAGAAAGAUCCAUUGUAAUCUUGCAUUAAUGGCUUCCUCUUUCUCAAAAUUAUAUGAUGCAUUCAUCAGCCACCGAGGCCCCGACAUCAAAGAAACCCUUGCCAAACAGCUUUAUGAGCUUCUUGCUGAUCGAGGGUGCUGGGCAUUUCUAGACCGUCGGGAAUUGGAUGUGGGUGAUUCUAUUACUCCUGCCAUUGAGAGUGCCAUAUACUCAUCGGUUGUUCAGAUAGCCAUUUUUUCCACAGGAUAUGCACACUCCUCAUGGUGUUUAGACGAGCUCGUUCUAAUGUUAGAACAGCGAGAUAUAAAAAAUUCGCUCUUCAUACGAGUGUUUUAUCAUGUCAAGCCUUCUGAUCUUCGGUAUAUUCAGAACAUAUUGUGCGGCAUUUUCUGAAUAUGAACGCAAAGGCAGGAACCUUCAUAAGCUAGACGGAUGGAAAAAAGCGCUUGUUUCUGCUUCAGACGUAGUUGGCUUUGAACUUUACAGUAGUGAAGACAAUUUGUGUAAAGAGAUUGUGUCCUGUGUGGAAAAAGAAAUUGAAAAGAGGAUGCCAUUACAUGUUGCGUCAUAUCCAAUUGGACUGGGUAAACUUGUCAGAGAGUUUGAAAGGAGGUUUGAAGAGCCAGUGAAGAAUAGGGUAAAGGUAGUAGGGAUUUUUGGAUUUGGGGGCUCUGGCAAGACCACCCUGGCGAAAGAAAUCUUCAACACGAAGCGUUCAGAGUACAAUGCAUCAUGUUUUCUGUAUGAUGUGAGAGAGUCCCAUGUGAAGUGUGAGUUGCACGUCUUGCAAAGCAAGCUUCUGAAAGAUCUCUUUAAUAAAGAGAGGAAAUUUCAGCAUAUUGAUGAAGGAACAGAAUUGUUGAAGAAUAGCUUAACAAGGGCAGGGUCUGACAAACGUUUUCUUAUAAUUCUUGAUGAUAUCGAUCAUCAAGACCAGUUACGUGCCCUUUUAUUUGAAGACCUUCUUAGUCCUGGCAGCUUAGCAAUUGUCACAACCCGCGACAAAGGUGUGUUGAUAGGUGCAGAAAUCAGUAAUUGUUAUCAGAUGAAAACAAUGGAUAAUUAUCAAGCUAAAGAACUCUUCCGUAGUCAUGCUUUCGGUGGAAAGAAGACAAGCUUUCCAUGUGAGCAGCUGGUCGAAAGGUUCGUGAAAUUCUGUGGGGGUUUGCCCCUCUUACUCAAAGUUUUGGGCACCCAUGUUCGUGGAAGGGAUGAAAAUUACUGGGAAUUAGAAUUGGAAAAAGUAAGGGAUAUCCAACCUAAUGAUGUUAGGCAAUGUCUUAAAAUCAGCUUUGACAGUUUGGAGAGUGAGGAGAAACAAAUAUUUAUGGAUAUUGCAUGUUUCUUUAUUGGCCGAGAAAAAGAUAGGGCUGUGGAAAUAUGGAAGGCCAGCCAGUGGACGACAGCUGAACACGCAGUUCAAAGGCUGGUAGACAAGUGUCUAAUUGAAGUUGAUGUAAAGUGUGAUGAAUUUAUAUGGUACGCUGACCAGACACCUGUAUUUAGAAUGCACGAUCACCUACGUGACUUCGGAAGACAAAUGGCGGACAAGGAGGUACCUCGUAGGUUGUGGCGGCCAGAAUAUCUUAGAUCCAUGCGAAAAAGGGGAUUCCGAAAUAUCCUAGAAGAAACAAACGGUCGGUGUUAUGAUAUGUUUGAGGACUCCUACCUCAAAUUUCAAAUUGAAUAUUUGAUAGGAAAUUCAAAUAAUUAUGCUAGCACAUCAAAUGCUCUCCUGUGGCUUGGCCUGGUUCGUGUGUACAAAGGGAACACAAUUCCUUCGUGGUUUCCUGUGAAACAGAUAAGAGAUUUGUAUGCUUCCGGAGUUGAUGAAUUAUGGAGCUUCCCCUCAGGUCAAAUCGACACCCAGCACAAUUUUCAGUUGAGACGGCUGUAUCUUGCGGUAUGUUGUGGACUGAAAAAUCUUCCAGAUUUAAUAAAAAUGUUAUAUCAUUUGGAAGAAUUAUCUAUUUAUUACUCCUUUCAGUCAGGCACUGAAGGGACGGCUUUGUCAAAAUCACUUGCAAAACUGAGUAAUCUGAAAACAUUGCAUAUUUCCGGCGUGCCAAUAAAUGGAGAUCUGGUCCUCAGCAAUAGUAGAGAUUCAGCUCAUUUUGAGUCUUGUACAAAUAGUUGAAUGAGUAGCCUCCGAAAGAUAUCCUUUCAUCUUCCAUUUUUUCCAAAGCUGGUAAUAAGUGGAGAGAUAUGUCCCAGCCUUACAUAUCUGGAGAUUGACUCGACAUUUAAUCUAACUGAAAUGGACUUGAAGCUGGUAAAGACGCUGGAGGUUCUUUUAUUGCAUAACUGUGAGGGCUUGAAAACAAUAUCGGGGUUGUCUGGUCUGGUAAGUCUUGAAGAGUUAAGAAUACAUGAAUGCUCUAAGUUGGAGACUAUAGACGGUGCUCAAGAGUUGGAAGGAUUGAGAACUCUGGCAAUUAGCAUGUCUGGUCAUGCAAGCGGAUUAAAUUUCCUUUCUGGACUGAAGAGAUUGCCGUCAGAUUAUAUUAUUAUAGAAAUGCAGUGCAUGAAGCAGUGUCAAGAUUGAAUGCAAAUUUAUUUUCUGAUGUGAUCGGUGGCCAUGCAAUCGCUGAGAUUCAGAAUAGCAGAGUUUAUUGUCACAAGUUGAAGGAAAUUCGAACUUCAUCCACUGCAAUCAUUGUAUGCGUUUUCCAUAUAUCGGCGGGUCUCGCUUAUUUUCUGGAAAAUCAUACAUUUUCUGCAGUAGAGAGGAUAGUAACAGUUGUACACACAGGGCAACGUAAUCUUGAAAUAAAGCAUGGAGGCGCUGAAAUUCUGAAGGGAUUUCUGGCUACCGUGAAUAGAGGCGAAGAAGAGUGGAAAGCAUUAAGUGUAUUCAAAGUGAUUAUUGACCGUUUAUUUCUACAAAGGAAUAAUUAAUGGAGGGAUAGGGCUCAUUACCUAUACCCUAAUUUCAUGUUUAUGAUAUGAUGCUCAAUUUUGUA